CGGGCACACUCAUACUCACGGGCACACUCAUACUCAUGGGCACACUCAUACUCAUGGGCACACUCAUACUCACUGCCAGACACAUACUCAACACCAGAUUCAUACUCAUGGGCACACUCAUACUCAUGGGCACACUCAUACUCACUGGCACACUCAUACUCACUGCCUGUGCCAUACAAAGGUUACUGUGUGUGCCCCUCGGUGUUGGUGGAAUAACUUCUGUUUAACAGUCACAGCCCUCAACUCAUCACAUCUGCCCUUUUCCUGAAACCCCAGGAGCUGACGCUCUGCUAACCUUACACUGACCCCCAGACACAGGAAGGAGUUGGCAGGAAUCCCUGGCAGGAAAGUCUCACUCGCUGUUCUUGGCGCUCGUCCCACCGCUCAACAUUCACUUGUAAUAAAACUGUCAGCUGCUGGCGGCACAGUGUUUGGGCUGGAACCAGUGAGAUGGAACUGAGAGGCGGCAGGGGCCACAAGUGCCCAAAUUCACCCCCAGCCCCACUGUAAAGUUUAAGGUUUAGGGGGCAUACGUGGGUUCUAGUGAUACACUGGGGGGAGAUAGAGGGGCCACUCCAGGAAUAUAUUACAUAUUUGCCUUUAUUCCCAUACAGGGGCACAUGCUGAGUGAGUGGGUGGGGGAGUGAGUGGGUGGAUGAGUGGGUGAGUAAGUGAGUGUGUGGGUGAGUAAGUGAGUGGGUGGAUGAGUGUUUGUGCAGCAAAGGAAAAGGAGGUCAAUGUCACACCUUCCACACCCUCACACACUGAUGUGACUGGAGUCUCCUGGCUGCUGAGAUGUCAGACAUUGUUCCUCACACCUCCCUGGUCCCAUCCAUUUGCCUCCUGACAGUUAAACAGGGGGGGGAGGGAGGCGGAGAGAGAGGAUUGGGGGGGCCCAGUGAGCACCGAGGGGAAGGGAGAGGCUCAGACUCACAAUGAGACAAUAACGGAGCUGGGACAGAGAAGGAACUCGUGGGGAGAAGGUUCUGUUGAGCCCAGGAUGGAAAUGCUGGACCCCAAUAACCAGGAGACAGAUUAGUGGAAGGAGACCCCCAAUCCUAAAUGUAAAUCACUGGGAGAUGUUGCCUUUGGAUCGACACCUGCUCUGAGGGGCCACACUCGUUGCUGAAGGGAAUGGCAGCUUUGGCGAGUUCUCUUAUUCGACAGAAGCGAGAGGUUCGGGAAUCGGUGGGACCUCGUCCUGUUCCCCCACAAAGGAAAGUCUGUCCCAGAGGAACCAAGUCCCUGUGCCAGAAACAACUUCUCAUCCUGGUCUCCAAAGUCCGGCUCUGUGGGGCCCAACUGGGGACACAAGAAAAGGACUCAGAGCCACAGCUGAAAGGCAUUAUCACUCGGUUGGUCAGUAGAGUUGGAUUUUACCUUCAACUUCUCCCAGAUGGUACCAUCCAGGGUUCAAAAGAAGAGGGAAACCCAUACACUCUGUUCAAUGUCAUCCCAGUAGGUCUACGUGUGGUGGCCAUUCAGAGCUCAGCUUGUGGUCAGUAUGUGGCGAUGAAUUGCGAAGGUCACCUGUACAGCUCACUUCACUUUACGGCCGAGUGUCAGUUUAAAGAGAGCGUCUUUGAGAGUUACUUUGUCACCUACUCCUCUACCCUCUACCGCCAACGCAGCUCUGGCCGCUGCUGGUACCUGGGCAUUUGUAAAGAUGGUAGAGCCAUGGAGGGCAAUAGGGUGAAGAGGCAUCGGCCAGCGGCUCACUUCUUGCCCAAGCUCAGUGAAGUUGCACUUUAUAAAGAACCCUCUUUACAUGAUGUGGUUAAAGCAUCUCCAAAAAGAAGACUGACCCCUAAACCCAGUGCCAGGCUCAGGGGGGCACGGUGAAGAGGCUGAGAAUGGAGGUGAAGGCCAGCAGAUAGACAAGGAACAAG